GCAUCCCUCAGUCCACUUCCAGUCUUCCACCAAGCGUCUUUCUCUCUCUCUCUUCUCCUUCUCUCUCUCUCAAUGGGCUCGCAUGGUAAACAACAGCAGCAGAUAACCCAUGAGGUGGACGAAGAAGGCCAUCCAAUAGCCAAUUUUCAUGCACAGCCACUCUCAGUAGUGGCUGAAGAAGGAGAAGAAACACAUGUUCCCAUUUCACCCCACCCGCCCCUGAUGUUUGCCUUCAACGAGCGCAUCCGACCUCUGCUCGACGCGGUCGACGAGCUGCGCCACCUCAAAGUGGCCCAAGAGGGCAUCCAGCUCCCAACCAUAGUGGUGGUUGGUGAUCAAUCAUCCGGAAAAUCAAGUGUGCUGGAGUCCCUAGCCGGCAUAAGUCUCCCCCGCGGCCAAGGCAUUUGCACCAGGGUUCCCCUGAUCAUGAGGCUUCAACAGCACCAAAAUCCUCAACCGGAGCUCCACCUGGAGUACCAAGGCAAAACGGUCCCAACGGACGAAACCCAGAUCGCGGAAGCCAUUGUUUUGGCCACUGAUGAGAUUGCAGGCCGUGGGAAGGGAAUAUCACACACCCCAUUAACUCUGGUUGUAAAGAAGAGAGGUGUUCCGGAUCUUACUAUGGUGGAUCUCCCUGGGAUCACUAGGGUGCCUGUUCAUGGCCAACCGGAGGAUAUAUAUGAGCAGAUAUCUGGGAUUAUUAUGGAGUAUAUAACACCAGAAGAGAGUAUAAUACUAAAUGUUUUAUCUGCUUCUGUUGAUUUCCCUACUUGUGAAUCAAUUAGGAUGUCUCAGCGUGUCGACAAGAACGGUGAGAGGACUCUAGCUGUGGUUACUAAAGCUGAUAAAGCACCUGAAGGUUUGCUUGAGAAGGUUACUGCUGAUGAUGUGAACAUUGGGCUCGGUUAUGUUUGCGUGAGGAAUCGGAUUGGGGACGAGUCCUAUGAGCAAGCCCGCAUGGAAGAAGCCUCUCUGUUUCAAAAUCAUCCUCUGUUAUCAAGGAUUGAUGAGUCCAUGGUUGGGAUACCAGUUCUUGCUCAGAAGCUGGUACAGAUACAGGGUACAAUUAUCUCAAAAUGUUUGCCGGAUAUUGUGCGAAAGAUAAAUGACAAGCUGAAUUCCAAUGUAUCAGAGUUGAGCAAAAUGCCACAGAAUGUAUCUUCAGUUGCUGAAGCAAUGACGGUGUUUAUGAGGAUCAUUGGUUCAUCCAAAGACUGUUUGAGAAAAAUACUCUUGAGAGGAGAGUUUGAUGAAUACCCAGAAGACAAAACAAUGCAUUGCACCGCUCGGUUGUUUGAAAUGCUGAACCAGUUCGCCGAUGAGCUUCAAAAGAGUGCAGAAAAUAAGUCCACUGAGAACUUUCUUGUGGAUGAGAUGAGGAUCCUAGAUGAAGCCAAAAGAAUUGAGCUCCCCAACUUCCUCCCUCGCACUGCCUUUCUUGUAAUCCUCCAGAAAAAGGUCGAGCAGAUAUCCAAUGCGCCAAUUGAUUUCAUGGAGAAAGUGUGGAACUACAUUGAAACUGUGGUUACAACUGUUUUUACAAAACAUUGCGAAAAUUACCCUCAACUCCAAUCGGCUACGAGAAGGGCGAUCCAUAGUCUGCUGGCAAAGAUGAAAGCUAAGUCUUUUGAUAGAGUAAUGGAGUUUGUAGAGAUGGAGAAGCAAACAGAUUAUACGUGUAGUCCGGAUUACAUGUCAGACUGGGGUAAACUUAUGGCUCAACAGAAUAAUUGCAUAGAGCGCAUAAAUAGUCCCUACUACUCAGAGAUAACGAUUGAAGGUUUCGGGAAUAUACAGAUUGGGCAUCUUCGCGGUCUUUCAAAUGUUAGAGAGCAGGCGUUUGACAUGAAAAUGAGGAUCACUGCAUAUUGGAAGGUUGUUCUGAAAAGGUUAGUCGAUAGCUUGGCUCUGCACUUGCAGCUACAUGUUCGGAACUUGGUUGAUCGCCACAUGGAACCAGAGAUUGUCAACGAGCUAAUGGGAUCUCAAGGGGGCGGUCCAGGUGCAAUUCAAAGGAUGCUUGAAGAGUCUCCAUCAGCUGCAAAAAAGCGCGAGAGGCUGAACAAGAGUAUCAAGUUGCUUAAGGACUCCAAGGAAGUCGUGGCUCGGAUCAUGGAUAGGAUCGCUUUCGAUAAUUAAAGCUCAAACUCUCUUUCUUAGCGUCUUGUUUCUCGACGCUGUUUGGUUUAUGUUGUUGGUCACUGGUCAGUCAGUUUGUUUGUGUUGCUUUUGUUUUUCUCCUUGGCUAGUCGUGUUUAUGUCUGUCGUUUUGUGUCGUUGGCACUAGGUGAUCCUGCUUCCUAAGCUGUCUAUGAUCUAUAAGAAAGACUUGUCAUGAAUUUUACUAUGAAGGCCUUUUGGGUAUUAUUAUUAUA